CGUUAUUCAGAGGACGUGUUGAUCAGAAGAUGUUUGAUUGCUGUCUAAAGAUGAGGUUUACUUUACUAAGCAUCCUGCCUACUUUACUAGGCAUUCUAAUCCUACACUGGGCAAAAAGCCAAAGCCCCAAGUUCACUCAGAGCAGCUGGAAUCUUCUACCCAAUGUUGUUGUGGUGAACGUAGACGGCUCACUGGUUCAGCAUCCUCUAACCUGCCUGGGUUCCUUCAACCGAGAGGAGGAGGGUUGGAGGAGAGACAAUGACUGGGUGUGGCGGAGAGAUGGAGAGGAGGAUGAGGAGAUCCUAUGGAUGAUGGGUGGAGAGGAGAAGAAGAAGGGGAACAGCUUCCUUGUCAACCUGGAAGAGAGAACUGGAGGGGGGAUAUUUACAUGUCACAGCCUGGAUAAAACCCUCCUGAAGAAUACUACGGUGCUGGUCAAACACCUGGACGAAGAGAAACGCAUUCUAGAAGGAUCCACCAGAACAGGCUUUAUGAAAUGUUUGACACGGAACUACCAAGGAGAGUUCCACUGCUCCUGGAAAUUCACCCCUACACGUUUUGGGACUGUUAUGUUUGUCAAAGUGGCACGUGGCCUGUCUGAUGCGGAGAACAUCAGCUGUUCUGUGGACGCCAGUGGACAGCAGUGGACAUGUUCCUCUUUGUCUGGCCAGAGUGACAUCAUGUGUUCUGUGAACAGUAGUGGGCUGGGGGUGUCCUGUGUGGACAGACAGUAUUGUCCCUAUGCUGAGGAGACUGACCGGAUCACCCUGACCAUCUACAUGAGGACUAACUACCUGCUGGAGGAAUACUCCAAACGCUUCUACAUAUCAGAGAUAGUGAAGCCAGACAAUGUAUACAUUAAGGAGGUGAACAGCAGUACUAUAGAAUGGAGCUAUCCUGUCUCCUGGAACAGACCCAUCUCCUACUUCCCCCUCUCCUUCCAGGUCAAAGAGAUCGAAGGCAGAAAGUGCAAGAAUGGGUGCACGUGUGAUUCUCCCUACACAGAGGUUCACACCACAGAGAGCAGCCAAUGGUCAGUCAAGGCCAAGGUGACGGUGUGUGUCAGGGCCCAGGAUGCCCUCUGUGACUCCCCCUGGAGUGACUGGACAGAGUACAGACUCAGCAACAAGGGAAACAAGAGGGGGAGGCAGGAGAAGAAGAAGAAGAAGAAGAAGAAGAAGAAGAAGAAUGUGUCUCAAUAGUAUAUCUUUACCAUACUGAUGGCCAUCAAAUAUUAACCUAUUAAUUCACUCUAGUUUGUAGGCAUUCACACUCUAAAACAUCCACUAUGACAAAGGUGACUUAUUUGACACUCUAAAACAUCCAUUAUGACAAAGGUGACUUCAUUUACACUCUAAAACAUCCAUUAUGACAAAGGUGACUUCAUUUACACUCUAAAACAUCCAUUAUGACAAAGGUGAAUUCGUUUACACUCUAAAACAUCCAUUAUGUCAAAGGUGACUUCAUUUACACUCUAAAACAUCCAUUAUGAUAAAGGUGACUUCGUUUACACUCUAAAACAUCCAUUAUAACAAAGGUGACUUCAUUUACACUCUAAAACAUCCAUUAUGACAAAGGUGACUUCAUUUACACUCUAAAACAUCCAUUAUGACAAAGGUGACUUCAUUUACACUCUAAAACAUCCAUUAUGACAAAGGUGACUUCAUUUACACUCUAAAACAUCCAUUAUGACAAAGGUGACUUCGUCUACACUCUAAAACAUCCAUUAUGACAAAGGUGACUUUGUUGCCAAGAUCAUUUACUGACACAAACUUCACUUUUACAAUCUUUAUACUUGUUAUGAAAUGUAUUUGGUAAUAUUUAUGAUUAUUUAUUUAUUAAUGUUGCUUUUUAUCUCAUAGAGUAAGACAUGACAUGCACUAACAUAAACUGAAAUGAUAUUUUUGUGACUUUAAUGCUAUAAAUCUAAAUAAACGUACAGACCUGCA